GGACACUGUACUCGCUCAAACCCGUCUUGGCUGCCUGUGCGGCCAACGUCUCCCAUCCUUGGGACGCGCAUUCACGGGCAUCAGUUCCAGCGUCCCGCCCCUGCAACAGAACUUCCCUACGACAACCUCGCUCGCACACGCUGCACUUUCCUCGCGCAGAGCCGUCUGCAUCCCCCCGUCCCAUCGCCCUCGCUCCAUCGCCCCUACGCUCGUUUGAAUCGCCUCCGACCUGGAUAGUUACACGCUAGCGCUCAUUGAGCUGGAGAGUCGCGACCAGAUGUAGAUUCGCGCACCAACCUCGAGGACCAGACGCUCCAAUGUCCUCCCCGGAUCAGAGCCACCACAGGAGCCAUACGCACCAGUCAAUACCGCUGCGAGACCUCAAUCGCCCGCCCGACGAGCACGAUGAAUACACCCAAGGAGGGGCGCAGCAGCACCGGAGGACGCUGAGCGAUCGGGGACGAAAUCUGCUCAGACACUCUGGGUCACUGGCAACAGGCGGGCACUGGAACUCGCAGUAUGCGCCCAUCGCAGAGACGUCCCCGAGCCCCACGCGGUCAGCGCGCCGUCCCCAGCUCGAUACUUCAGCUGCACAUGGACACGGCGGCGCCGCAGUGCCAGACGAUGCGGAAUAUUCGCCCGUCGAUGCUGGCGCAUUCCAGGCGGCGAUUGGCUUCUCUGGCAUGAGCUUCCAAGGCGAGACUUCGCCGCCCAUUCCCACGCCGAUGUCCUCGGAGCAGUCUUAUCACCACUAUGGAAGCGAUCCCUAUCUGGCCCGGACCACAUCUGACGAUAACGGCUACUUCUCUCCCACCGCGUACGACGACACGGCCCGAUUGACAGACGAGCGCCAUCUGCAACCGAUAAGCGGCACGGCACCGCUAUCUCCAACUCAACCGCAGGAUCGAUCGAGUUUCCAAAGCGUGCGGUUCUUGACGCCAGAGGGGGCCGCAUCUGGAGCCCGGUUAGGCGACGACAUUGGACAUGUGGAAGCGGCGACGGCUGGUCUCCGGACCUCGACGGGACGAAAGCGAUCGCUCUCACCCGGCGCCGCAGGGUCGCCUCUGCAUCGGGCAGGCACCAUCAUGCGGAACAUGUCCCAGCGCGUCGUCAACAUCAGUAACGAGCCAGAGGUCGCCGAGCGAACUAUGCGCCGAAAGUCUUCCUUGCGCCACGCCCGACUCGAAGAGCCACCCUCGUUUCCGGCGGCAUUGCCCGAGUAUCUCCACGAUGGGCCCGCUUCCCCCGUCGAGAAACCGCCUUCUCCAAUCCACCCAAGGAGGCCCAGCGUGCCUUGGCAGCCUCCACCAAACCCUCUACGUGGGAAGACUCUGGGAAUAUUUCCCCCGGACAGCAAGCUGAGGAUGAAGCUCUGCGACCUCCUCGUGCACCCCGUUAUCGAACCCUUUCUCUUGUGCCUAAUCGUUGUACAAACAAUCCUUUUGGCAGUCGAUGCGAGCAACAGUGUCUGGGAUCCCAAGCACAAAAGGUCUGCUGGAUGGGGAUCGGCUCUCGAUUACGCCCUGCUUGGUCUCUUCGUCAUUUACACCAUCGAAACCAUUAUCCGGGUGAUUGUGUCUGGGUUCAUCAUCAACCCUGUUGAAUAUAGCACCAUCAACAGGCAAGUCGGUGUAAGGCAGGCUGUCCUGAGCAAUGCUCGCAAGCUUUUCGGUCCCCAGCGGCAACCAUCGCAAAAACGCGCCGACACCGGCGUGGACCCUCAACACCUCCCAUCUGUCCUUCGAACAUUCACUACGGCGCAGAUCAAUCCUGCCAUUGGCCCGGGAGAUUCCCGAGACCAGCAACGAGCUCGCCUCGCUCACAGGGCGUAUUUGCGCCACUCUUUUAACAGGACCGAUUUUCUGGCUGUAGUCUCGUUUUGGAUUUCAUUUGCCAUUGGUGUCAUCGGCAUUGAGAACAGGAGACAUAUCUUUAUCUUCAAGAUGCUGAGUUGCCUGCGCAUCAUCCGUCUUUUGAACCUUACCAGCGGUACAUCUGUCAUUCUGCGAAGUCUGAAGAAAGCAGCACCGUUAUUGGUCAACGUUGCCUUCUUGAUUAGCUUCUUCUGGCUUCUUUUCGCCAUCGUCGGUGUGCAGAGCUUCAAAUCCAGUUUUAGACGACACUGUGUGUGGAUCGACCCUGCAGGGCAGCAAAACUUCACGAAUAGUAACCAGUUCUGCGGGGGUCAACUGAACAAGGACGGCCAGGCUGAAGCAUACCGGGCCGCGCCCGGCAUGCCUACUGGGACUGACAAGGGCUUCCUAUGUCCACAGGGUUCCGUUUGCGUGGAGCUCGACAAUCCGUACAACGGCACCCAGAGCUUCGAUAAUAUCCUGAACUCCUUGGAACUGGUAUUCGUCAUUAUGUCUUCGAACACCUAUUCUGAUCUGCUAUACACGAUCGCCGAUAGCGACUACCUAAUUGGCGCCCUCUUCUUUGCCGCAGGAAUCCUAAUUUUGAGUUUGUGGCUCAUUUCCUUACUGAUCGCCGUCAUUACUUCGUCCUUCCAGAUUAUUCGCGAAGAGAGCAAGGCAAGCGCUUUCACUGGCGAACAAAUCGAAGAGGAGGAGAGCGACAAUCUGCCCAAGCAACGCGUGAGCGCCUUGAAGCGGCUCUAUGACAAGACAUCAUGGGUGUGGAUAUUCAUCAUCUCCUACGGUCUGGUCUGUCAGAUGAUGAGGAGUGCCACGAUGAGCGAAUCACGAAGGAGAUUCAUCGACUUGUCGGAGACGGGCGUGACGUUCCUUUUGCUUAUUGAAAUCUUCAUCCGGUUCGCUAUCGAUUGGAGGCACUUCUUCCAGAGCAAGCGAAACGGCACCGACCUGAUCAUUGCUAUCGUCACGACUGUUAUACAGAUUCCCGCGAUAAAGAAUUCCCACGACGGUCGGGCAUACGCUUGGCUGACAGUUUUUCAAAUCCUCCGAAUAUAUCGGGUCGUUCUGGCUGUUCCAAUGACACGGGAUCUCAUUAUGAUCGUUUUAGGAAACGUUGGCGGUCUGCUUAAUCUCAUCCUGUUCGUGUUCCUACUCACAUUUCUCGCAUCCAUUUUUGCGUCCGAGCUCUUUCGCGGCGAAUUGCCGGCCGAGUCCGAAGGCGAGACUCUGCAGGUGUCCUUCUUCACCAUCUACAACUCGUUCCUUGGAAUGUACCAAAUACUUUCCAGCGAGAAUUGGACAACGAUCCUUUACAACGUCACGAGCUACCAAGCGCCUUUCCAUAGCUCUUGGAUUGGAGCCUCUUUCUGUAUCCUUUGGUUCAUAUUCGCCAAUUUCAUCGUCUUGAACAUGUUCAUUGCUGUCAUCCAAGAGAAUUUCGAUGUUUCUGAAGAUGAAAAGCGCCUGCAACAGGUCAAAGCAUUUCUUCAGAAGAAAGAACAGGGGAGCACCUCAUCCUACGGGAAUCUUUCGCUGUCAUCCAUUUUCAAACUCGGUCAGGCUAGCCGCAAAGAUCCACUGGAUUAUGGUACCGCAGCGGCCGAAAUGUUGCUCAAAGACGCCGUGGUUCGGGACUUCCUUGACGAGAGCGACGACACUAGCAGCCCCAACGGCGAUGAGCCUCAGCCUGGCAUCAGGCCCACACCAACCAUCGUCGGGUCGGGAACCUUCUCUACCGUUUGGCAGCGCUUUCUGCGUAACAUCAGCACCCAUGAGCCCAACCCUUUCUAUGCUCCUCUUGAUUUUGGCCGGGCAUAUGAAGACCUCGAUCCUCGAAGAAUGGCCAAAGAAGUCGUCAGCGCAACUGAAAGGCGCAAAAAGGCUCAGAGAGAGUACCUCCGCAAGCAUCCGAACUACAAUGUCUCUCUGUUCAUCUUCAGACCGCAUAAUCCCAUACGAAGACUCUGUCAGAAGAUUGUAGGGCCGGGCCGAGGAAAUGACCGCAUCGAAGGUGUAGCGCCGUCGGUCCCGGUGUGGUAUGCAUUCUCUGCAUUCAUUUACGCCGCGAUUAUUGCAAUGGUCCUUCUAGCUUGCAUUACGACACCCCUAUAUCAACGGACGUAUUUCAUGGAUCACGAUUUCAGCGUCAAGAAUUGGUUCGUGUUUACGGAUAUGGGCUUCGCGGUCUUGUUUACCAUUGAGGCAUUGAUCAAGGUGGUUGCGGAUGGCUUUUUCUUCACUCCAAACGCAUACUUCAGAGGUUCGUGGGGAUUCAUUGACGGCGUGGUGUUGAUAACGCUCUGGGUCAAUGUCGCUACGUCCCUCUACAACGAAGGCCAGAUAACCCGGACUGUUGGCGCCUUUAAAGCGCUCCGAGCCCUCCGACUGCUCAACAUCAGCGACAGCGCUCGAGACCAUUUCCACUCUCUCAUCGUGCGCGGUUGGUGGAAGCUCAUUUCGGCCGCAUUCGUCUCUCUAAGUUUGCUCAUCCCUUUCGCCAUCUAUGGGCUGAACCUUUUCGUCGGUCGCUUGCAAGCCUGCAACGACUCAGACUCUGGCAUAUUCGAUCUACAUGACUGCGUUAACGAGUACGCAAGCCAGCCCUUUUACUGGGAUGUGCUUGCUCCUCGGCAAGCCGCGAACCCAUACUACGAUUUCGAUAACUUCGGAGACGCGCUGUUCAUCCUUUUCCAGAUUGUGUCUCAGGAGGGAUGGACCGAUGUCAUGUGGGCGUCGGAAAGUAUAACCGGAAUAUUCACUCAGCCUGCAGCCUUCGCCUCACAAGGAAACGCAGUCUACUUCAUCAUCUUCAACUUGCUCGGCGCAGUCUUCGUCUUGACUCUGUUUGUCUCCGUGUUCAUGCGCAACUACACGGAACAGACUGGCGUUGCUUUCCUCACCACGGACCAGCGUUCAUGGUUGGAACUCAGGAAACUCCUUCGACAAGUGUCUCCGUCAAAACGGCCAUCAUCGACGAAGCGGAGAGAAACAUGGGAGGAGUGGUGCUAUCGACGUGCCGUUCGUAAGACCGGACACUGGCAGAGAUUCAUAACAGCCGUCUUAAUAUUUCAUCUCGUCCUGCUUUGCCUGGAAUGGUAUCCGGGUAACGAACCUUGGGAGCGUGCCAGAGACUAUAUUUUCUUGUUCUUCACAAUCAUAUUUAUCACUAAUGUUGUAAUCCGCAUCGUUGGUCUCUCAUGGCAUCGAUUCCGAAAGAGCUCCUGGGACGUUUUCUCGAUAUUCGCAAUAUCCGGCACGUUCGUCACCUCGAUUCUCCGCCUCACGAAGAGCAACGAAAGGGUCUUCAUUCAACUCCAUAAGCUUUUCCUGGUCUCCAUUGCGCUCCUACUUAUACCAAGGAACAAUCAACUGGAUCAGCUCUUCAAAACCGCCGCAGCGAGUUUGGCAGCCAUUCUGAACCUUCUGGCAACGUGGUUCGUCCUUUUCCUGGUAUACGCCAUCGCGCUCACGCAAACCUUCGGCCUCACGCGAUUCGGUCCACAGGAAAGCGGAAACAUCAAUUUCCGAAGCGUUCCCAAAGCGCUCAUUUUCCUAUUCCGGAUGAGCACCGGGGAAGGAUGGAACGAGUUCAUGGAAGAUUUCGCAAAUGUCGACCAUCCUUUCUGCACUGUCGGAGACAAGUACUUCGAAAGCGACUGCGGAAGUCCUGAGUGGGCUCGGGCUUUGUUCAUCACAUGGAACAUCCUGAGCAUGUACAUCUUCAUCAAUUUGUUCGUCUCCCUGAUAUACGAGAGUUUCAGCUACGUGUAUCAGCAGAGCAGCGGGCUUUCAGUGAUUAGCCGCGAAGAGAUCCGUCGGUUCAAACAGGCGUGGGCUGAGUUCGACCCCAACGGCACUGGAUACAUCUCGAAAGAGGCCUUCCCUAGGCUACUUGGCGAGCUUUCUGGAAUUUUCGAGAUGAGGAUUUACGAUGGUGACUGGACCGUUGGAAGCCUAAUUGAAGAAUGCAGCACACACAGAAGAAUGUCGGAACUGCCGGUUCAGGGCCAUGAGCAAAGCCCAGAAAUCGAUCUGAACAAACUAAAUCGGCGCCUGGCCGAACUCCCAGUGGCUGAGAUCCGACGGCGGAGGCAGCGCAUGAACCAGUUCUACGAAGAGGUGCUGGUAUCGAGUGACCCAGACAAAGGCAUUCAGUUCACUUCGCUCUUGAUGAUCUUGGCUCAUCACAAGGUCAUCAAUGACCAUAAGAGCUUGAGACUAGAAGAAUAUUUACGACGUCGCGCACGCUUGCAACGCGUCGACGAAGCCGUGCGGCGAAACGUGGUCGUAGGUUUCUUCGAUACGCUAUACUGGUCACGACGAUUCCGGCGCGCAAUGGAACACAAGAAAUCUGGCCGCAUGACAGCGGUGCCGCAGUUCACGGUACCGGAGAUCUUCGUGGACGAUGAAGACAUCACAGACGCACAGCGCGGACAGUAUUCUGCCAGCGGCAGCCCACUGUUCUCGCCUGUAGAUCUACAACCAAUGGACAAUGCCGAGUGGCGUGCCUCAGGCAGCGAUGCACGCGCACCAUCACCACCGGCGGAUAUGACGUUACGAAGUCGAGCCAACUCGAUACAGACGACACCACUUGGGUCACCAGUGCGAGCCACUCCCCUAUCGCCGACGAGAGCUUCUCCUCAGAUGUCGCCCUUCUCGCCACCAGCCGAUGGCGAAUGGCAGUUUGCAUCGGCGCUCAGUCGACCUCCCAGUCCUCUCGAGCCAGACCCCGGGCCAGCAGGGAGCCGAAGCAGGCAAAACAGUGCGGUCAGCGCAGCCGAUGUUUUGGAGGUGCUGGACAACUCGGCAUGGGGCGAGAGUAUCCGCAGGAGUUUCACACAGCGACGGUCUGGCGGGCGUUGACAGACUAUUUUCGCACAUUUAGCUCAGGGCAUGCUGACCAUGUCCGCAUGCUGCUGCAUGGUGUCGAGGAACUCAGCAUGGCGGAUGAUCUACGAUAUGGCGGAGACGCAUGGUGCAGGGUCUGGAAAGGUUUGACCCGCCGUCCCCACGGGCCUCAGAAUAGGUCUGAGGAGUGGGUGCAGGGGAUGCAUACAAAACCAGUUGCAUUGAUGUUUGACAUGGGGCAUGAGGACAGCCAGAUUCGGGAUAGGGCGGCACCAGGGCAGCACGGGAGAAGGAGGCAUUUCUGGAACACUUUUUCUUGCUCCUUUUGUUAGCUCGUGGACAUGUGUCACCACUGCUGGAGCUACGAGAUAGACGGCAUUGAGCGGGCUGGACAGGAGUGUAAUGAGGGAGUGCAAUUGGCGGGGGGGCCUUGGGAGCGGGUGUCGUUUUGUUAAGGGGUGCAUAGCGACGGCGCUGUAGGUCACAGCAUGUGAAAGAAUUUU